AAUGGGGGGUUCAUUGGCCGGGUAGGGAGCACCUGCUCUGUGGUGUGCACCAGUUGCUGCGGCCUCCCAACCAAGAGUGAUACUCUCUCCACCUUUAAGGAGUUCAAGUCCAGAGCGGGAGGAAUGAACGGGAGGAGGAUGGUUUUCGGUUGUUGCCGCUAUGGCCAGACUACACACCUCACUGCAUUUACUGGUGACUCGCGCUCAGGUCAUGCAGUUGUCUACUGAUCCAGCCGGCCCUGCCAGGUGACCAUGCCUGUCCUCGGCCCAGUUCUUCUGCAGGUGCUCUGGGCCGGAUGCGUCCUCACCCUCCAGCCACUUCCACCAGCCGCUUUUACUCCCAAUGGCACACAUCUGCAACACCUGGCCAGGGACCCCAGCUCAGGCACUCUCUAUGUAGGGGCUACCAACUUCCUAUUCCAGCUGAGCCCUGAGCUGCAGCUGGAAGCCAUGGUGUCCACAGGCCCUGUGAAUGACAGCAGAGACUGCCUACCGCCCGUGAUGCCCGACGAAUGUCCUCAGGCCCAGCCUACCAACAAUCCCAACCAGCUGCUCCUGGUGAGCCCGGAGGCCCUGGUGGUGUGCGGGAGUGUCCAUCAGGGCGUCUGUGAGCUCCGGAGCCUGGGACAGCUCAGGCAGCUGCUACUGCGGCCAGAGAGGCCUGGGGACACCCAGUACGUAGCUGCUAAUGACCCUGCGGUCAGCACCGUGGGGCUGGUGGCCCAGGGUUUGGCAGGGGAGCCCCUCUUAUUUGUGGGGAGGGGAUAUACCAGCAGGGGAGUAGGGGGCGGCAUCCCACCCAUCACAACACGGGCCCUGCGUCCACCAGACCCCCAAACCGCCUUCUCCUAUGAGGAGACGGCCAAGCUGGCAGUGGGACGCCUCUCUGAGUACAGCCAUCACUUUGUGAGUGCCUUUGCACAUGGGACCAGUGCCUACUUCCUGUUCCUGCGGCGAGACCUGAAGGCCCCUUCUAGAGCUUUCCGCGCCUAUGUGUCUCGAGUGUGCCUCCAGGACCAGCACUACUACUCCUACGUGGAAUUGCCUCUGGCCUGCCAGGGUGGCCGCUAUGGCUUGAUCCAGGCAGCGGCUGUGGCCACGUCCCGGGAGGUGACCCACGGGGAGGUGCUCUUCGCAGCCUUCUCCUCAGCGGCUCCUCCCACUGUGGACUGGCCCCCGGCGGCGGCUCCCGGUGCGGCGGGCAGCUCUGUGCUCUGCGCCUUCCCCCUGGACGAGGUGGACCGGCUCGCCAACACCACCCGAGACGCCUGCUACACUCGUGAAGGCCGUGCUGAGAAUGGGACCAAGGUGGCCUACAUUGCCUAUGACGUCAUUUCCGACUGUGCGCAGCUGCCAGUGGACACCCCGGAUGCUUUUCCCUGUGGUUCAGACCAUACACCCAGCCCCAUGGCCAGCCGUGUCCCCUUAGAAGCCACACCUAUUCUGGAGUUUCCAGGGGUUCAGCUAACAGCUGUGGCAGUCACCAUGGAGGAUGGACACACCAUUGCUUUCCUAGGUGACAGUCAAGGACAACUGCAUAGGGUCUACCUGGGCCCCGGGAGCGAUAUUGGCCCAUACUCUAAACAGAGCAUUCAGCCAGGAUCUGCGGUGAGCAGAGACCUCACCUUUGAUGGCACCUUUGAGCACCUGUACGUCAUGACCCAGACGACACUUGUGAAGGUUCCUGUGGCCCCCUGUGCUCAGCACCUGGACUGUGAAUCUUGCCUUGCCCGCAGGGACCCGUACUGUGGGUGGUGCGUGCUCCUCGGCAGGUGCAGUCGCCGGUCAGAAUGUUCCAGGGGCCAGGGCCCAGAGAAGUGGCUGUGGAGCUUCCAGUCAGAGCUAAGCUGUUUGCGAGUGGCAGCCAUCAGUCCUGCCAACAUCAGCCGAGAGGACAGGAAGGAGGUUUUCCUGUCGGUACCAGACCUGCCAUCCCUUUGGCCAGGGGAGUCAUAUUCCUGCUACUUUGGGGAAUAUGAGAGUCCUGCUCUGCCGAUCGGUUCUGGUGUGAUGUGCCCCUCCCCAGACCCUAGCGAGGCCCCAGUGCUGCAGAGAGGAGCCGACCAUGUCUCUGUGAGCGUGGAGCUCAGAUUCGGUGCCGUGGUAAUCGCCACAGCCUCGCUGUCCUUCUAUGACUGUGUGGCAGUCACCAAGCUCCGCCCAUCCGCCCCGUGCCAGGCUUGCGUGAGCAGCCACUGGGGGUGUAACUGGUGUGUCUGGCAGCACCUUUGCACGCACAAGACCACGUGCGAUGCUGGACCCAUGGUUGUGAGCCAACAGAGCCCGCUUCUCCCCCUAGUCCCUCCUGCAGAGGAUGUACCCACCCCCUCCCCACCCACAGCCCCCAAAGCCACAGCCACCCCUACCCCCAACCCCUUUGCGGUGGAGCCCGGGGCUCCCUCCUUAACCACAGUCUCAGAUGUCCCGCCUAGGGCCAAGCCUUCCCUGCUCAGCCUUUGGGAGCCGUGGGCAGGCCCUGGCCCAAUACCGUCGCCCGCCUCCGCAGAUUCACCUGUCCAUGAGAAGCCCUUACCUCCCAACCUCCCCACCACACCUGGAACUGCUGUCCCUGUCCCCACUGAUUUGGGACCAGUGACCACACCUGAGGACCUCUUGGCCUCCCGCCCAUUGCCCUCAGAUGCAGCUGCAGUGUCCCCCGCAGAGCCUGGCCCUGAGGCCCUGCCUUCCACGGUAGUCCUGGACCAGCCCCCUGGCACUGCUCCUGCCAUCACUUUCCCAGGGGCCACUGGCUCCACGAAGCCCGUUCUGGACUGGCUCACGAGAGGAGGCGAGCUGCCCGAGGCGGACGAGUGGACGGGGGGUGACACGCCCACCUUCUCCACUGCCACACUCCUCUCAGGUGAUGGAGACUCGGCAGAGCACGAGGACCCUCCUGCCCCCCUCAUCCUUCUGUCCAGCCUCGACUACCAGUACGACACCCCCGGGCUCUGGGAGCUGGGGGAAGUGAGUCGGAGGGCAAGCUCCUGCCCGUGUGUGGAGAGCGUUCUGGGCUCCACACUGAUGCCAGUCCACGUGGGGCGAGAAGUUCAGCUUCGAGGCAGGAACCUGCGGCUCUUCCAGGAUGGCUCUAGAAACAGUGAAUGCGUGAUGGAGUUGGAGGGCACUCAGGUGGCAGUUGAGGCCCGAGUCGAGUGUCAGCCGCCUCCAGACACCUUGUGCCAUAUCACGUGCCAGCAGCACCAGUUUAGCUAUGCCGCGCUGCAGCCAGAGCUCCAGGUGGGGCUGUUUCUGCGUUGGGCUGGAGGCCUGCGCGUGGACAGUGCUGAUGGGCUUCAUGUGGUACUGUAUGACUGCUCUGUGGGACACGGGGACUGUAGCCGCUGCCAAACUGCCACGCCCCAGUAUGGCUGCGUGUGGUGUGAGGAGGAGCUUCCACGGUGCGUGGCCCGGGAGGCCUGUAGCGAAGCCGGAGCCGUGGCCACUCAGUGCCCUGCGCCCCUUAUCCAUGCGGUCGAGCCACUGACUGGACCUAUCGAUGGAGGCACCCGUGUCACCAUCAGGGGCUCCAACCUGGGUCAACAUGUACAGGAUGUGCUGGACAUGGUCAAGGUGGCCGGAGUGCCCUGUGCUGUGGAUGCCCAGGAAUAUGAGGUCUCCAGCAGUCUCGUGUGCAUCACUGGGGCCAGCGGGGAGGAGGUGACCGGUGCUGUGACUGUGGAAGUGCCUGGAAGAGGACACGGCGUCUCAGAGCUCAACUUUGCCUAUCAGGAUCCAAAAGUACAUUCCAUUUUUCCUGCCCACGGCCCCAGAGCUGGUGGCACCCGCCUUACCCUACAUGGUUCCAAGCUCCUGACUGGGCGACUGGAAGAUACCCGGGUGGUAGUUGGAGAGCAGCCUUGUCACUUGCUGCUGGAACAGCAAUCUGAGCAGCUGUGCUGUGAGACCAGCCCGUACCCCGUGCCCGCUGAGCUUCCUGUGACCAUUUGGUUUGGAGCCACUGAGCGGAGUCUUGAGCAUGGCCAAUUCAAGUACACAUCAGACCCCAACAUCACUUCUGUCGGCCCCACCAAGAGCUUCCUUAGUGGGGGUCGUGAGAUAUGGGUCCAUGGCCAGAAUCUGGAUGUGGUGCAGACACCAAGAAUCCGAGUGACUGCGGUCCCAAGAAUGCUGCAGCCUGGCCGGGGUCUUGGACAGAAGCACCCUGUGGUCCCAGAUAAAUUCGAGGGGUCAUGCCAUGUAAACUCCUCCCAGCUCAUUGCGUGCCGCACACCUGCUCUCCCGGGCCUGCCUGAAGACCCCUGGGUCCAGGUGGAGUUUAUCCUCGACAGCCUGGUCUUUGACUUUACAACAUUGAGCCCCACACCCUUCUCCUAUGAGGCUGACCCCACCCUGCACCCACUCAACCCCGAGGACCCCACCACGCCAUUCCGGCACAAGCCUGGGAGUGUGUUCUCCGUGGAGGGGGAGAAUCUGGACCUUGCAAUGUCUAAAGAGGAGGUGGUGGCCAUGAUAGGAGAUGGGCCCUGCACGGUGAAGACGCUGACCCGGCACCACCUGUACUGCGAGCCCCCUGUGGAGCAGCCCCUGCCGCGGCACCAUGCCCUCCGGGAGGCACCCGACGCCCUGCCCGAGUUCACGGUGCAGAUGGGGAAUCUGCACUUCUCCUUGGGUCACGUGCAGUAUGACGGAGAGAGCCCUGCAGCUUUUCCCGUGGCAGCGCAAGUGGGCUUGGGCGUGGGCACCUCCCUCCUGGCCCUGGGUGUCAUCGUCAUUGUCCUCAUGUACAGGAGGAAGAGUAAGCAGGCCCUGAGGGAUUAUAAGAAAGUUCAGAUCCAGCUGGAGAAUCUGGAGAGCAGUGUACGAGACCGCUGCAAGAAGGAGUUCACAGACCUCAUGACCGAGAUGACUGACCUCACCAGUGACCUCCUGGGCAGUGGCAUCCCUUUCCUUGACUACAAGGUGUACGCAGAGAGGGUCUUCUUCCCCGGGCACCGGGAAUCUCCCCUACACCGGGACCUCGGUGUGCCCGACAGCCGGCGACCCACCGUGGAGCAGGGCCUGGGACAGCUCUCCAACCUGCUCAACAGCAAGCUCUUCCUCACCAAGCUCAUCCACACCCUGGAGAGCCAGCGCACCUUCUCGGCUCGGGACCGUGCCUACGUGGCCUCUCUGCUCACUGUCGCGCUGCACGGGAAGCUGGAGUACUUCACUGACAUCCUCCGCACCUUGCUCAGUGACUUGGUGGCCCAAUAUGUGGCCAAGAACCCCAAGCUGAUGUUGCGCAGGACAGAAACUGUGGUGGAGAAGCUACUCACCAACUGGAUGUCCAUCUGCCUCUAUGCCUUUGUGAGGGACUCGGUGGGGGAACCUCUGUACAUGCUCUUUCGAGGGAUUAAGCAUCAGGUGGACAAGGGGCCGGUGGACAGCGUGACUGGCAAAGCCAAAUACACCCUGAAUGACAACCGCCUGCUCAGAGAGGAUGUGGAAUACCGUCCCCUGACCUUGAAUGCACUUCUGGCUGUGGGGCCUGGGGCUGGAGAGGCCCAGGGUGUACCUGUGAAGGUUCUGGACUGUGAUACCAUCUCCCAGGCCAAGGAGAAGAUGCUGGACCAGCUUUAUAAAGGAGUGCCUCUUGCUCAGCGGCCAGACCCUCGUACCCUGGAUGUUGAAUGGCGGUCCGGGGUGGCUGGUCACCUCAUCCUUUCCGACGAGGACGUCACUUCUGAGGUGCAGGGUUUGUGGAGGCGCCUGAACACCCUGCAGCAUUAUAAGGUCCCAGAUGGAGCAACUGUGGCCCUUGUCCCCUGCCUCACCAAGCAUGUUCUCAGGGAAAACCAGGAUUAUGUCCCUGGAGAACGCACCCCAAUGCUGGAGGAUGUAGAUGAGGGGGGCAUCCGACCCUGGCACCUGGUAAAGCCGAGUGAGGAGCCGGAGCCACCCAGGCCUCGGAGGGGCAGCCUUCGGGGCGGGGAGCGGGAGCGAGCCAAGGCUAUCCCCGAGAUCUACUUGACCCGCCUGCUGUCCAUGAAGGGCACCCUGCAGAAGUUCGUGGACGACCUGUUCCAGGUGCUUCUGGGCACCGGCCGCCCCGUGCCUCUGGCCGUGAAGUACUUCUUCGACCUGCUGGAUGAGCAGGCCGAGCAGCAUGGCGUCUCCGACCAGGACACCGUCCACAUCUGGAAGACCAACAGCUUGCCCCUGAGGUUCUGGAUCAAUAUCAUCAAAAACCCACAGUUCGUGUUCGACGUGCAGACGUCGGAUAACGUGGACGCAGUGCUCCUUGUCAUUGCACAGACCUUCAUGGAUGCCUGCACCCUCGCCGACCACAAGCUCGGCCGGGACUCGCCCAUCAACAAGCUUCUGUAUGCUCGAGAUAUUCCCCGCUACAAGCAGAUGGUGGAGAGGUACUACGCAGACAUCAGACAGACCGUCCCUGCCAGUGACCAAGAGAUGAACUCGGUCUUGGCUGAGCUGUCCCGGAACCACUCUGGAGAUCUUGGGGCGCGAGUGGCCCUGCACGAACUCUACAAAUAUAUCAACAAAUAUUACGAUCAGAUCAUCACUGCCCUGGAAGAGGACGGCACAGCCCAGAAGAUGCAGCUGGGCUAUCGGCUCCAGCAGAUCGCGGCCGCGGUGGAAAACAAGGUCACAGAUCUAUAGGAGCCUGGGGUCUCCGACUCACUGUUGCCUCAGCACCUCCUGGGCAGCCCUGGAACCUCAAAGGAGAGACCACCUUCGUAGAUGCCUGUAGUGACUGACAAGCAGAGUUAAUGGAAGAUGGCUUCUAGUCUCCUGGUGGCUCUAGCCUGAGCUCUGCAGGGCCCACCUUGCAGGCCUAGGGCCCAGAGGCUCAUUGGGUGUCGCGUGAUCUGUCCCCAAGCCCAGUGACCCUAUGAGUUAUUUCCUGUGUGAUGCCAGCCUGCGGGGAGCUGGGGGACUAAAGACUUCCAGAGAGUGGCUGGAAGGGCCUCCAGGCCCCUGGGGAGACUGUACUGUUCCUGAGCACUGGCCUGUGUCACAUCAGGAAUCACAGAGGAAGGAGGAGAGCCCUCCCACUUCCUGUCCUCUUCACCCAUCCUCCUUGACAUCCGUUUAGAUUCCUCUGUCCUUGUCCCUGCUGCCACUUCCAAGGGCUGAGAGAUGAACGCCUUUCUUAGGCUGCUGCACACUGGCGCCCCAGGCAGGGCUGGCUGCCUCAGGGCUCCCCUGCCUCCCAGGCAGCCAGUGGUGAGGGUCAGCUGCUGCAGGGGCCCUUGGGGAGAGGGGCGGCCUCUGAUGCAGCUCUUGAUUAAAGAAUAACACACUG